UGUUAUCUUAGUUCUUCACGUUCUAUUUAUAAAUAUGACAGUUGUGGGGAUUCCACUGCAAUCAAAAUUUUUGUUCUUCAUACGUUCAGUUUGUACGCCUGCUGAAUAUGUCCUGGAUGAAACGAGGUUUACUGAUUCUGAAACUUCUCGGGAAGAUGCGUACAAGAAUCCUCACAUUAUCAAGCAGGUCAGAUUUCAAUCGUCUUGGUGACGAUGAUUGUGAUGAUGAUGAUGUGCGAUCACUGCCAGAAGACGUGAAGGAGGGUCAUUUUGUGGUUCAAACGGUCAAUGAUGGUGAACUGAAGAGGUUUAUCAUAGAAUUAAGUUACUUAGAGCAUCCAGGAUUCUUGAAUUUGUUGGAGCAGGCAGUGGAAGAAUUUGGGUUUGAACAGGAGGGAGUUCUUGCUGUUGCUUGUGGGCCCAGUGAGCUCCGGAGGAUUCUUGAGAACGGGGAAGAGAGAAGGGAAUGAAAGCGGAAGAAUUGUGAAGUCCACCAUGUCUGAAACUGUUUAGAGAAUGGAAUGGAAUGGAAGUGGUCAUCUGAAUUUUCAGUUUCUUUACAUCAAC